AUGACUAAAGUGUGCUCCAAGCUUGAGAUGUUUGGGUCUCAACAGAUUCUCCCUUUCAUGAUGAAUAACUUAGUUUCCACUGGUACUUUUCUUGGUAUGUAGCCUUUUUCUAAUCAUGAUUUCAAAUAAUUAACUUGUAAUUUUUACUUUUCAGUAUUUUUCAGAGCUCUGAUCUCUACAAAAAGAUUGAUAAAUUAUAGGGUUACUCAGCGUAAGAUUUCCAUGACAGUGAUACUGAUAUGUUGUCAUCUUUUUUUUUUAAAUAGAUUCAACAGAUUUACAGGAGGUUUGCUCAUUGCUAAAUAGCUGUGGUUCACAGACCAUCAGUUCUGCAGCUCUGCAGCCAAGUUAUUUUUGCGGCAAUAUCAUUUCUUCAUGUGGGGUAUACUUCAAAGGAGAUACCAGUAUCAGCCCCUCUGCACAAUCAGAUCUUCAUGAAGUUAUAGAUUUGUCAACUUUGCAACCAGACAAUACCCCUGCCACAUCUACUCCAGUUAGUGUUGAACUUUCUGGUCUGCAAAUUUACAAGACAGAUGUGGCAAGUGUCCGACCAAAUACCAUGAUCACUGACACAAUAGUUUUCUUCUUGUUCAAAUGAGUAUAUUUGUCAGUGUAAUCAUAUAUAUUGUAAACUUAAUUUCUGUUGCUUGCAAUGUAUAAAGAAACAUGUUUAGAUACAUAAUACCAAUUUUGUAUUUUGUUUCAGGUAGCUACCCCAGUGUAUGUAUCCCAUUGUGAGUACCAAUUUCUAA